CUUGAGUUGAAAUGUGUCGCUAAAUUUUCCAUGACUCACACCCAUUGACUUUGGAAAUUUUUGUCUUGAUGAAAUAGAGGUGGGGCUGGUGUUAGGAGCAAUCGUCUCACCACUUCAUUUAACAUUUCAGCUGUGUGCUUGCAACGCAAAGUUUUCCUCCGUUCCACAUUAUCAUGCAAAUGUAGAGUUGCGUAAUCAAGUUUGGUGAGCACGCGUGCGCCUGUACUGUCAUUGUCACUUACAAUUCUAAUCUGCUCGCUCAAAGAUAAAAAAGGAAACACGCCAUUAUGGCUCAGUAUAAGCUCACCUACUUCAACAUUCGAGGAAGAGCAGAAGCGACACGACUGAUAUUCAAAGCAGCCGGGGUGGAGUUUGAAGAUCAUCGAAUUUCAUUUGAAGACUGGGGAGCACUGAAAGCAACUGGGAAAUUUCCGUUUGCUCAGCUGCCAGUUCUCGAGUUUGAUGGAGAAAUUCUUGCCCAAUCUUUAUCUAUCGCAAGAUACGUGGCCAAUGUGUUAGGCUUGGCUCCUGCCACUGAUUUACUGAAAGCUAAAGCAGACAUGCUUGUGGAUAGCUCUGCUGAUUUGAUGGAGAAAUAUGUUAAAGCUCACUUCGAAAAAGACGAGACUAGAAAGGCUAAGCUAUACGACGACGCGAAAGCUGCUACACCAGGAAUGUUGAAGGGCUUUCAAGAUAUUCUUAAAGCAAACAACGGCGGAAAGGCUUUUUUUGUCGGUGAAAAGCUCACCUACGCAGACAUUGCCGUCUUUAACAUGCUGAAUCACCUCUUUGUUCAAGGAAAGGUUAAAGUUCCAGAGGAGAUCCAAGCGUAUCCUCUCCUGGAGUCUCACUAUAAACGCAUUAUGGAGAUCCCGAAUAUCAAAAAGUGGUUGGAGGCGCGACCUGAAACACUGAUAUCUGCCUCACCAACCAAUAUGCCGAGCUAUAAACUCACUUACUUUGACAUCAGAGGAAGAGGAGAGGUAGUGCGAUUGAUUUUCAAAGCGGCUGAGGUUGAGUUUGAAGAUAAGCGUGUGAAAUUUGAAGAGUGGGGAGCUUUGAAAGCUUCGACAGAGUUUCCAUUUGGUCAGCUACCAGUGCUUGAAGUUGAUGGAGUGGUGCUUGCUCAGUCUUUUUCUAUUGCAAGAUUUUUAGGCAAUGAAUUUGGUCUUGCCCCGUUGACCAAUUUGGACAAAGCUAAAGCAGACAUGAUUGUGGAUGGUGUUGCGGAUUUGACCGAAAAACAUGCUUCAGCUUUCUUCGAAAAAGACCCAACUAGAAAGGCUAAGCUGGAAGAGCAAGCGAAAGCUGCUACACCAGGAAUUCUCGCUUGCUUUGAGAAACUUCUUAAAGCCAAUAAGGAGGGGAAAGGAUUCUUUGUUGGUGACAAGCAAACCUAUGCAGACAUAGUCUUCUUUAACAUGAUAAAUAGCUUAUUUGCACAAGGAAAGAUGGAGGUUCCAGCAUUAGUCAAGGAUUUUCCGCUUUUGGUGGCUCAUUAUGAGCGCGUCAUGGCAAUCCCGAACAUCAAGAAGUGGCUGGAAACACGACCUGAAUCAGCGAUGUAAAAGGAAAGGUUUAAUUUGUGAAUGUCUCUGUUACUAAAGCUAAAACGUAUCUAGACAAGUGCGUCAACACUCAAAUGUUUGUUCGUGCCAAUAAAAUGAACCUAAAGUC